CCACGCGAUCGGCAGCCUCGGCGGUGGCGGCGCCCCCAGCCCAGCCCAGCCCGGUGCAGCCGCCGAGCUCGGGCCCCAACUUCCCGCCAUGAGCGGCUGGUCCGCGGGGCUCCGCGGCCCCGGGGACUCCCGCCCGGCAGUGCGCGCCCGCAGCGCCCCGCGGCCCCGACUCGCCUAACGCUGGCCCCGGCCGCCGCCGCCGCCGAUCGCUGAUCCCGCCACCGCCGCGGUCGCCCGCGCCGCGUCCCCGCCGCCCGCCGCCCGCCGCCGCGGCCCCGCCAGCACCAGCACCAUGUCUCGCAGGAAGAUUUCAUCCGAGUCUUUCAGCUCCCUGGGCUCCGACUACCUGGAGACCAGCCCGGAGGACGAGGGGGAGUGCCCCAUGGCUAAGCUCUGCUGGAACGGCAGCCGGAGCCCCCCCGGACACCCCGGGCCCCGCACGGCCGCCGCCGCCACCACCGCGGCCGCCGCUGCCAUCACCCCGGCUCCGGCUGCCGCUGUCACCGCCGCCGCCACCGCCGCCGCCGCCGCCGCCGCCGCCGCCGGGGCCAGGAGGGCGCAGCGCCGCCGGCGGGUCAACCUGGACUCGCUGGGCGAGAGCAUCAGCCGCCUGACGGCGCCCUCGCCUCAGACGAUCCAGCAGACUCUCAAGAGGACACUGCAGUAUUAUGAGCAUCAAGUGAUUGGUUAUAGGGAUGCCGAGAAGAACUUCCACAAUAUCUCUAACAGAUGCUCCUAUUCCGACCAUUCCAACAAAGAGGAGGUUGAAGACGUCUCAGGAAUUCUCCAGUGUACCGCUAAUAUACUCGGUUUGAAGUUCGAGGAACUCCAAGAGAGGUUUGGCGAGGAGUUCUUUAAGAUCUGCUUUGACGAGAACGAGCGGGUCCUUCGCGCCGUGGGUGGCACCUUGCAGGACUUCUUUAACGGCUUCGACGCGCUGUUGGAGCACAUUAGAACUUCCUUUGGGAAACAAGCCACCAUGGAAUCGCCCUCUUUCCUGUGCAAAGAGCUCCCCGAAGGAACUCUGAUGCUCCACUACUUCCAUCCCCACCACGUCGUGGGCUUUGCCAUGCUGGGGAUGAUCAAGGCGGCCGGGAAGAAGAUCUACCGUCUGGAUGUGGAAGUGGAACAGGCGGCCACCGAGAAACUGUGCUCCGAGGCCUCCAACCCGGGCAACUGCAGCUGCCUGACGUUCCUCAUCAAAGUCGGCGAGAACACCAACAUCCCCAAGAACCUUCCCCAGGGCACGUCCCGCGUGCCCGGCGACCUGAGAGUCAGCAUCAACACCUUCUGCAGAGCCUUCCCCUUCCACUUGAUGGUGGACCCCACCAUGUCCGUCCUUCAGCUUGGGGAAGGCCUGCGCAAGCAGCUCCGAUGCGACACCCACAAAGUGCUCAAGUUCCAGGACUGCUUUGAGAUCGUCUCCCCAAAGAUCAAUGCCACCUUCGAGAGAGUCCUCCUGCGGCUGUCCACCCCAUUCGUGAUUAGGACCAAGCCCGAGGCGUCUAGCACGGAAAAUAAAGACAAGGUGAUGGAAAUCAAGGGGCAGAUGAUCCAUGUCCCCGAAUCAAAUUCCAUUUUGUUUUUGGGCUCCCCAUGUGUGGACAAGCUGGAUGAGCUCAUGGGCCGAGGCCUGCAUCUCUCAGACAUCCCUAUUCAUGAUGCUACCCGAGAUGUCAUCUUGGUGGGUGAGCAAGCAAAAGCUCAAGACGGCUUGAAGAAGAGGAUGGAUAAAUUGAAGGCCACUUUAGAAAGAACUCACCAGGCACUGGAAGAAGAGAAAAAGAAGACGGUGGAUCUGCUGUACUCCAUCUUCCCUGGUGAUGUAGCCCAGCAGCUGUGGCAAGGGCAGCAGGUGCAGGCCCGGAAGUUUGAUGAUGUCACCAUGCUCUUUUCCGACAUAGUUGGUUUCACCGCCAUCUGUGCUCAGUGUACACCCAUGCAGGUGAUCAGCAUGCUGAACGAACUCUACACCAGAUUUGACCACCAGUGUGGAUUUCUGGAUAUUUACAAGGUGGAGACAAUAGGUGAUGCGUACUGUGUCGCUGCGGGACUUCAUAGGAAAAGCCUGUGCCAUGCCAAGCCCAUUGCGCUGAUGGCCUUGAAGAUGAUGGAGCUUUCAGAAGAGGUGCUCACUCCUGAUGGAAGACCUAUUCAGAUGAGGAUAGGAAUUCACUCGGGCUCCGUGCUGGCUGGAGUUGUUGGGGUGAGAAUGCCACGAUAUUGCCUGUUUGGAAAUAAUGUGACUCUGGCAAGCAAAUUUGAAUCGGGAAGCCAUCCUCGGCGCAUCAAUGUCAGCCCCACCACUUACCAAUUAUUAAAACGAGAGGAAAGUUUCACCUUCAUUCCUCGGUCCCGUGAAGAACUUCCAGAUAACUUUCCCAAGGAAAUCCCUGGGAUCUGCUAUUUCCUGGAGGUAAGGACUGGACCAAAGCCACCGAAACCUUCCCUCUCUUCAUCGAGAAUCAAGAAGGUCUCUUACAACAUCGGCACCAUGUUCCUUCGGGAGACAAGCCUCUGAGACCUGCUACAAGAUCAAAGACUCCUCCCAAAAGCACAAGCCCGCAACCGGAGUCACCACAGGAAGGGUGGAGGGAGUUUGUUUUGCUCUUCCAAUGCUUUGUGGAGACAAAGCAGAGGAAUCUCUGUGUCAUGCCAGGCAAUAAUCCUUGAACAAGUGGGGGACCACUGUCAAUAUAAAUAGCUGGAGGGUGGGGUGAGGGAAUGAAAUGUGUCAUCUCUGUGAGCAUUUUGGGGGGCAUAUAUAUAUUUUAAUUACAAGUACAAAGGCCCCCUUUCAAAAUUAACCAAUCAAAAGCUCCAUGUUUUCGUGCUUGCCACUCAUGCAGAUCGCUUCCCUUGUAUAUUUGUACCACUUUGGAGAGCCAGUUUUGAGCAUCAUCAUGCUAUCUUAGUGACCUUGGUAGAUCCGGACUCUUUUCUAACUUUGUGUUUCUGAACAGACAUUUUCAUACAAUGCACCUCGGUGGUGUGGCCAACACAGCAAAAUAUUUGAGGGAUAUUACCUAUUUUUUAUACAUACCUCUUCUUCUAGAUAAUUGCAUUUCACACAGCAUUAUUAGAUUUUUCAGAAUCUGCUCCUGUUUGGUUGGGGUAUUAUGUAAUGCUAACCUACUAAUCUAAUCUCAUUUGGUUUAUUUAGGGAGAUUAGCACUUGGACAGAGAAUACAUAUAACCAAGAGUUUCAACUGCUAAGAAAACCAUUGUACGUCUGCUGAGUAAAUAUAUCUUUCAGAUUUCAUUUAUGUGGGGUGGACUCCAGAGAAAAAUGGAAUUUCCUAGUAGCAGAUUAUUGUCUGUAACAAAGAUAUGGGGGAGAGGUUUUUUUGUGGUCUUCAAACACACUAUCAGUUAAAAGGAAAUGUUUGGCUUCAUAGUGAAUCCUUCCAAAUAAGCACUUAUAAAUACAGAUAUUUUUGUACAACAUUAAACAGCAUUCUAAUAUACAGCACCCUUGUAACUUCUCCAGCUGAUUUCUCCUACAAGCUGAUUGCCACUCCCAAAAACAAAUGGCUCCAUUCUGUCACUUAUGAUGAAAGAAAUAUUGCCAGGUCAUUUUACCAAGAAUAUUGUUUCUUAUUGCAAAGAAAUGCAUCUUAUCACGUUGAGAAUGAUUAUUAUUUUUAGGAAAAGAAUGUUUGCAGUUUGACUUAAUGUGGCUUUUAAAUUCGGCGAAUCACCCUUCUGAACACUAAGUAGGGAUCACCUGCUGAACAAGGAGAUACUGGAGUUAGGUUGCAUGUUUUACUAACAUAAAACCUGGUCCCAUUAUCAACACUGCAUGAAAAGAGGAUUAUAGGCUCACUCUGAGAUUAGGAGUACAAUGUGUCCAGAGUUUGCCUAUUUGGGAUCCAAGGUACAAGCUUCCAUUUCUACUUGAGUUGAAGGAACAGGGAGUGCUGGGUGUUUUCCUGAAGGCUGGAGUGGGUGUCCUCUCUCUCACUCCAGGGGGUCCUUGCUGGCAGCUCUCUCUUUCUCUCUCUGCUGAAUGCAAUAUAUUUCUUUUCUUUUCAGGGAUUUUGGUUGUAUUGUGAUUCAGUUAUAAUGUAGCUAUAUAAGUGUAUGUAUAGAUAUACAGCUAUAUACUAGAUAUACUAUAUAGCUAUAAGCUGAUUUCCAAUGUAGCCUGUCAGGUUUAGUUAACCUCUUUCUGUGUAUAUAAGUCAGAAAUAUUUACAGACAGGCAGAAUAUUUGUUAUAAUCACAAUCUCCUUGAUCUUUUGAAGUCUGUUCUCACCCCCAGGAGUUCUGAGGACACUGCAGUGGAGGGGGCUCUUUGUGUGGAGAAGGCAGGACACAGACCUGGAGCUCUCUCAAUCCAUUUCUGUCCUUUUUGGGUGGGGCCUAGGUCUGCUUUCCACCACAAGGGGACAGAAGGGCAGGAUGUGUAUGGGAGGCUGUGUGAACUGAGAACAGGGUAUGCUCAUGCUGGCCAUUGCUUUGAAAUUGCUUCAGGAGACUGACAUGUGAACCUACCUGCUCCACAGGGGACAUGUAAGGGUUGCAGGGUGUUGGGAUGGAAGAGCCCAGAAGCACUUUUAACCUCAUGCUGUUACUAGAAAAGGUCCAGCCAAGGUAGAGCUCUCCACGACAGAGGCAUGGAGAGAGAGCCAGGCUCACUGAGGUCAUUUCUGCUUAUUCUGCGCCAUAACUUAGAGCUUAUUGUGAUGUCUUUAAUUGACAAAUGUUUCCUUGUGAAACCAUGUGCUUGGUAAACAAGGCUUGAAGAGAAGAUUUGAGAACCAUCUGAUUUAUGUCUCUUCCUUUUGUAAAAGGAUUUGCCUAAGCAGCUAUUCCAAAUACAUGCUUAUUCUCCCAGCAACUUAAGAACAUCUUUGGGAAGUAUCUACAUUUUAAAACAUUGUUGGAAAUCUGACCUGGAGGGAAGAAUUUGUGUAGAUACUUUCAAUUUAUUGGAUGAAUCACCAAUUCUGUAUUACAUGAGGAAGAAGUCAAUGAAGAACAUGCUAGAGGCCUAUUAUAUAUCACGGACCAGAUAUAACCUACAUUUUUCAUACACUAUAAUCCAAAUAUAUAUAUUUUAAGAUUGUCUCAUUGUUCUCAUUUUUCCCUAACUAUUAUAGUUCCACUGUUUACUAUAUAUGUUUGCAAUGUAUGAAAUGUCUGUUCUUGGUGGCUGCAGUCAUAAGUAUAGAAGCUGUGAAAAAGUCCUAUAUUUUUAUUUGUCUUACACAGUGCAGUCCACAUAGCCUAUCUUGGGAACUGUGAUUGUAACAGUAUGAUAGUAUUUGUGUGAUUUUUGACUAAUACCUCUACAACAUCCUCAUUUACUCACAAACCAUCAGGAAUAGUAUGCAUUUUAGUCUGGUAGGUUAGAAAGAAUUUAUCUUAAAAUGGUGCAGUGUGCUUAACCUACUCCAAAGGAAUAGUUUAAAGAUCAUUUUGAAUUAGAUAGUACUGUCAUUUGCCAACAAAUCUACAAUAAAAAAUCAAAAUUGCCCGAUAUUUACUCAAAGCUUCCUGCUUCUAUCUGAAUUAUAGACCUUAAUAAAUAGGUAACAAUGGCCGUAAUUUUAAAAAAAGGAGUAAUAACAUGCCUCAGAAAUUGGAUCUGUUAGUUGGUAAUGUAGAAAAGAUAGAGCCUGAGAAUAUAUCCAAACUAUCUAAAAUCUGCUUCUAUAUUCAUCUCAUCUAAUUUUGUUUCCAGUUAAUUUGGCUUUCCCUUUUGAUACUGAUUCUGAGUAGAAUUGGAGCUUGAGAAUGGCUCUGUGGAAUCAGCCCUGAAUUCAUAAUUCCCACCCAUGUCCAGUAGCUAUGGUGUCAUUUGUUGUGAAAGGCUGGGCCUCCCCAGAGAAAACAGAGCAAAACAAGGCAGUAAACAACUUAAAAUCUCAUUCACAAGUUCAUCCAGGCUUUAAAUUUGUAAAUUCCUCAAAAAACAAACCAAAACAAUGACAACAAAAAGCUCCAGCAAGAAAGCAAAUGACUAGAGACAGAGGGGAAUGCUAGUGCAGAGAUGUUCGAACACCAUCAAGAAUUUCUUUCCAUACAGAACCAUCUUGCUGCUGGUCAGAAUACUGUAAUGGGUCUAACGUUGUGAAGAAUUAAGAAGGAGCUGGGUUGUGGCCAGCAGCAAAUAAGGUUGUUGAGGGCUGAUGCAAGUGUGGAGGGUUAGGAUGGAUAGUUAGGGUCCAUCUUGCCAUGUGGUUUGAGCAAGACCUUGUUCAUCCUUGACCCUCCCAUGCUGCAUGCUAUCCUUGGAUCCUUCUCAUCCCCUCAAGUCCUGGCCUAUCACACAAGCUCUUUUUUUCUCUCCACUUCUGAGCCUGACAGAGCCCCAGAAAAAGUUGCUGAUGCCCAGACAGAUGAAUGCACAUAGUUCCAGCGCCGAGUCACAGCGACUUGAUUUUGUGGCAUGUGCUGGCACACUGCUAACAUCUACAAUUUCUCCUUUUCCAAGUACAACCUGACUCCAAGCACAAUCUCUUCAAAGUAUGAUCUGACUCCAAAGUACAAUCUCUUAUAAAGUACAAUCUGACUCCAAGAACUUCAUGCAAUUUCUGAAAAUGUGUCUUUGGAAUUACGUAUGCAUGAAUGAAUAUGCCGAUAUCUUUCAGCCAAUAAA